AAAAAUCUUUAGUUCCAUCCGAAGAUUGAAAAUAGAAGAAAUCCCCAUUUCGCCUUUGUUAUUUGUAAAUAGAUAGAAAGAAGCAAUGUCAUAUAAAGUAAAUCAUCAAUACGAUUACUUGUUCAAGAUUGUAUUGAUAGGAGACUCGGGUGUCGGGAAAUCUAACAUACUCUCCAGAUACACCAGAAAUGAGUUUUGUUUGGAAUCCAAAUCCACCAUAGGUGUCGAAUUCGCAACAAAAACUCUCCAGGUGGAGGGGAAGACCGUGAAAGCCCAGAUAUGGGACACGGCGGGGCAAGAAAGGUACAGGGCGAUCACCAGCGCGUACUAUAGAGGAGCGGUGGGGGCACUUUUGGUAUACGACAUAACCAAACGGCAAACCUUCGAGAACGUUCACCGGUGGUUGCGCGAGCUCCGGGACCACGCCGACUCCAACAUCGUGAUCAUGAUGGCGGGGAACAAGACCGACCUGAACCACCUGCGGGCGGUGCCGGAGCAGGAAGGGCAGGGGGUGGCCGAGAAAGAAGGGCUGUCGUUCCUGGAAACCUCGGCCAUGGAAGCCGUCAACGUCGAGAAGGCGUUCCAGACAAUAUUAAUGGAUAUUUAUCAGAUAAUCAGCCGGAAAGCGCUGGCGGCGCAAGAUGAUGCGGCGGUUCCCGGUCAAGGAACUGCCAUUAAGGUUGGGGAGGUUAAUAAUAAUGCUGACUUGAACAAGAAACAAGGUUGUUGUUCUAACUGAUCGAUCUAAACGCACAUAUAUUCAUUUGUUGUUCAAAAUUGUAUUAAAGCCUGCAAUCGCUCCUUUGUGACUAUAGCUGGCAAAUUGUA